GUGCAGAAUCCCUCACGAACACGCAGAUAGCAUUGCCUCGCACGAGCUCCAAACAGUUCAGCCAUCGAUUUGGGGCGUCGAGUUUGACGAUCAACUCGGAGGGAAUUAUUUGCCCAAAUUUUACUUAGGUAAGAUCUCAAAGCCAGAGCAAACCCAUCGAGUUCGGCAGAAGGAUCUUUGUGUUACUGAACCCGAUUAUUUGAAGAUAUGCACACAGAAUAUUUCCCUCGUGUUACUUUCGUUCCUGGUGGUUGGAAAAUGUUGCAACAAAAUAUUGGAUAUGCUCGAAAAAGAAAGGUCGUUUGGCUCUAAUUUUCAGCUUUGUGUCUGCACGUAUCAGCUAUUAGGAGGCCCAUUCAUGGACAAUUCGUGUUCGUUGUGACUGAGAAGCACUGACAUAUCAAUCUGAAACUUUGGGUCAGGAUAAUUUGGUGUCUGAGAGAAAGAUAUGCUCUUGUUCAAGCUUCAUACAGUGUGCAAAGGAAAGGGGAGAAUAAUGGGAACCCUGAUGAUGCUUCAAGUUUCCCAGAACUAUGAGAAGAAUUCUUGAAUUAAUGUCCAAAGUAUCUCAGUUCUCAAUUAGUUUAUAAGGUAAAGAGGCAAUCAACUUCACAAAGCUUCAAAAUGGCCGAACAACUUCCAAAGGCAAUUAAGAAAGGCUCAAAGCCUCACGAAAUCAAGAAAGCAUCUUCAAGUCCCAAAGAUCAGCAUACACUUUCUAAGAAACAACAAAGGAAGGGAGAAAACCCUAUUCGAAUUCCUCCAAGCCCAGAGCCUUGUGUUGAUUUAAGAUGUUCAAAUUCAUGGAUUUGUAAAAAUUCUGCAUGUCGGGCUACUCUUUCGGCGGAUGAUACAUUUUGCAAGAGGUGCUCUUGCUGCAUUUGUCAUUUAUUUGAUGACAACAAGGACCCAAGUCUUUGGUUGGAAUGCACAUCUGAAUCUGGUCAGGGUGACUCUUGUGGCUUAUCUUGCCACAUUGAAUGCGCCCUCCAACGUGGUAAGGUGGGGGUUGUUGACCUGGGGUUAUUGAUGCAAUUGGACGGAAGCUACUGUUGCGCUUCUUGUGGCAAAGUUUCAGGAAUACUUGGAUGCUGGAAGAAGCAGUUAGUUAUAGCGAAGGAUGCUCGCCGUGUUGAUGUGCUAUGUUAUAGGAUAUUCCUGAGCUACAGGCUCCUGGAUGGUACUUCCAGGUUUAAUGAACUCCAUGAAUUUGUUAGAGAAGCAAAAGCCAAGUUGGAAACAGAGGUGGGCCCAGUUGAUGGAGUUUCGGCGAAGAUGGCUCGGGGCAUUGUUAGUAGACUCUCUGUAGCAGUUGAUGUACAGAGCCUCUGCUCUCUUGCACUUGAAAAAGCUGAUGAAUUGAUGGCCUUGAAGUCUACAACAGGAAUUAAUUUAACUGAAAGUUCACUUCCUGCGGCUUGCAAAUUCGUGUUCGAGGAAGUGACAUCUUCAUCAAUUAUUGUUCUGUUGAUUGAAUUAUCAACGUCAUCCCAUGAUGAUAUUAAGGGCUACAGACUCUGGUACCGAAGGACAAAGGAAGAGAUUUACCCUAAAGAGCCUGCUUCUGAUUUCCCAAGAGAUAAGAGGAGAAUUUGCAUAUCAAAUCUGCAGCCUUGCACAGAGUACUCCAUCCGGAUAGUAUCUUAUACUGACACUGGUGACUUUGGACACUCUGAGGUCAAGUGCUUCACGAAGAGUGUCGAAAUAAUUCACAAGAACUCUAACUGUGUAGCAGGAAUCCCUGAGAAGGAGAAUUCACAUAACGAAGGGAGUUCUCGUUCCAAACAACAACACAGAACUGCAACAGACAUAGAAUUGGACUCAGGAUUCAAGGUUCGAGACCUUGGAAAAAUCUUGCGGCUAGCUCUGGCUCAAGAACAAGGAUGUUUGGAGUCAUUUUGUGGUGCUGGUAUCCCGAAAUGCUUUCAUGAUGUUCCGGACGUAGUUAAGGUGGAAGCUCAGGAGCAAAGGUUGCCAUCUGUUUCACGUCAGCUUGACUUGAAUGUUGCUUCUGUGCCCGAUCUAAACGAAGAGUUUACCCCCCCUGUUGAGUCAUCCAGAGAUGAAGGUAAUGGCUGCACUUUCGGGCCAGCAGUUGAGGCGGAUGAUGAUGCUUUUUCUCAUGAAGUUCUGAGAAAACCGGGAGAAGCACCAGCUGUUGACUCCAAGGAAGAUGGUUGCCGAAAGAGGAGAAAUAGCACCAAUGGGGAAAUGCAAGAUUCUGAUAGCACUUUGACCAAUGGAUCUCCGUUCCAAGUCCACGCUGUGUCUGGAUGCUUGGAUGAGAACUUUGAAUACUGUGUAAAGAUCAUCCGUUGGCUGGAAUGUGAGGGCUAUAUCAAGAAGGAUUUUAGAUUGAAGUUGCUAACAUGGUUCAGUCUGAGAUCAACGGAGCAGGAGCGCAGAGUGGUCAACACAUUUAUUCAAACACUAAUUGAUGAUCCAAGUAGUUUGGCAGGACAGUUGGUUGACUCAUUUUCAGACAUCAUAUCCAGCAAGAGGCCGCGAAAUGGUUUCUGUAAUGAGUUUUGGCAUUGAUUGUCUGGGCUCGUCGGAAGAUUAUACUGCUAGUUAUGUCGAGAUUAUCAUUCUGGGAUAGAUUAUUGCUGAUUAUUGUUGGUUCUUUGUACAGGCAUUUUUUUCCUAAGUGUCCUCAGGCGAUUCAUUUGUUAAUCAACAAACUCUCAGCUAGCAGACGUGGUUCCCGUUCAUGAAGAUAGUUCCUGACAUCCUUCACUAGGUCAGCCCAUUGUUUAAGGAGACAUCUCACACAUUGUGGGAUGCAUUUUCAUUAUUUUAAGAAUCUCCUUUAUUACAUUCAGUAGACAAAAAUUGUACUGUAGCUUCGAUUAACAGUAGAUUGGUAGAUUCUUGACUUUGGCUUUAGAUGUUUCGUAUUUCCUAUACCAUUUAACUGUUGUUCCAAGAAUCUCUCGUCCUGUUGUGAUCUUUCCCAGUUUUUAGUGGUAUGAUUUAGUUUCUGCA